CCUAAAGCAAAAGUGUUUCAUUUAAAUUCAUGUCGCAAAGGAAAUCAUGGGGCUAAACUGAAAAAUCCCCCACCGUCCCUCCCUAACAGUAACGCCACCCCACUUUCCUCCGAGACCGUCGCCGCACACUCUUCACUUCUUUCAGUCACGCGACGUGUUGACACAACUUUUAAGUUGUGUCAACUUUAAAAUUUUAAAUGUUGUGUCAAUUUUUAAAUUUAACUUAUAAAUUUAAAAAUUCGCGAAAACUGACCAAUAAGAACAAUUUUUACGUCCUUACAAUAUCCUUAAAUUGCAGCAAAUCUUGGUUUUAUGUCUUAUUCAAAGCGUUUUUGUUGAGCCACAUCGAUAACACCGACACAAGAUCCGUGUGUCGAAAGAAUUGUUCUCGAAUCUUCGAUCGAGCGGGCGUGACGCAACUCAAAUGGAAUGAAAAUGGCGGCGAUAACUCUGGAUCCAUUUCGGAUUCUUUUGAACAACAUCAGCAACGAACUGGAGGAUAAAGAUCUUCAGAGCUUGAAAAAUAUUUGUGCACAGUGGAUUCCAAGUGGUCAGCGUGAGCAAAUCAAAAAUGGUUGGGACUUACUAAACCAUCUCCGGAGACAGAAUAUAAUCGGAGACAAACCCGAGAUGGUGACAAACUUGCUGUUGAUUAUCAAAGUGCUGAAACGAAGGGAUUUGAUUCAUCUGGUUAAAAAGCACAUCGCAAAGUACUACGAACAAGCAGAGGAGAUAUUCAGUUCAGUUAGGGCAUCUGAAUCCCUUCAUUCUUCUCUAACCCUCAGAAAUAACAAGUUAGCCUUGAACAUAGAUGCUAAUGAUGACAGGUUCUCUUCGGCAUGUUGGGCGCUGAAUUGCUGUUGCUGCGAGCUCACCUGUUACAGCAGCUGUCUUAUAUUUGUGACGAUCCUUUUUACCUUCUUCGCCGUUGCAGCCAUACUAGCGUGGUACGCUAGCAUUCCAGAAGUCACCUCAUAUUUGAAAUCCAACGAAGACAGGAAACUCGCCGGACCGUAUAUUAUUGGGUUCUUACUCUUCAUUGCGGUCUCCAGCGCCCUGUGGACAAUUUGUCGCUUUUAUUUAAAGCGGAGACGAUAUAUUUAUCUUAAUAGUGAUCAUGAAGACAACGAAAGAAUUAAUAGUGAAGCCAUCCAGCAAGGCACUGGCAAUAACUCUACAGUACAGUCGAACCCUGCCACCAUAGAGUUUGUAGGAACAGGAUCGCGCUGUUCCAGUCACGUUGCCUCUUCCUGUACCGGUUCGUUUUCUUCUCUUGAUACAGCCGCAAGUAACGCGUAGUCGUAUGUAAAAACUCAGUAAGCAGUUCGUAAUCCGAGUGGCGUCUGAGCUGGAAAAUGUUUUGUCAUUUUUCCGCGAAAUUGUAGUAGAUUUUAUUCCUACUUUGCUAAUCUUUUAGUCACGGUUAUUUUUUUUCCUAGAUCUCACACCCUAUUUGUAGAAUAGGGUGUCAGUGUGGAGUUCUCCCUUGUAAUUCUCUGCUUAUAGUGUACAUAAACAUUAGAAUUGAAUUGAAUUCAAUUGAAUUGAAUCUUUAUUCAGGUAUAAGAUAAAUAAUCACAUAUCCUAUGU